UCACGCCGGACUGAUUGUCAAAUUCUAUCGGUAUUACAAUCCACAAACACUCGGUGUGGACAUGUCCGGUCUGCUGGAGGAUCUUGCCCGGAAAAUCCCCGACGACGAUAUUGUCCUGUUACAUGCCUGUGCACACAACCCCACUGGAGUUGAUCCGAAUGCCGAAGAGUGGAAGGAGAUCGUGUCUGUCUUUGCCUCUCGGCGUCUUAUACCCUUCUUCGAUAUGGCCUACCAGGUACCUGUUUGCCUUCCAAUUGCACACUCGAUGAGGUCUGUGUUUAAUUUUGGGUAA